AUGCCGUCCAAACAACCCCAGAUGUCAUUGUUUCAGGUAUACCUUCGACUACGCCCGCCCAUGACCGAAAGGCACGAUGAGUCCGAACGAUUCCUCGCUGUCGAGACCCCCGAAGCACAAGAAGACGUCGAAAUUGUUGCGCCAGUCCCAACGCAUGUCACAUUACAACCUCCCAAUGAUUCACGGAAGCGCGCGAUCGAGAAAUUUGGCUUUACAAAGGUUUUUGAGGAGAGCGCCACUCAGCUCGACAUUUUCCAUGACACAGGGAUGGAGUCCCUAGUGAGGGGCGUGUUGAAAGAAGGCCGUGAUGGAUUAGUAGCAACAUUGGGAGUAACUGGCAGUGGAAAGAGCCACACUAUUUUAGGAUCCAAAUCGCAACGCGGAAUCACACAAAUGGCCCUGGAUGUUAUUUACCGAUCACUACAACCCACUCUCAAAACCGAUGAUGGCAACAUUACUCCCAUGAUGCUUGCGUCGCUUGCAGGCUCAGAUGCCUCCGAGGCACAGAUAUUUUCGGCCCAGACAUUCCUAGAAGCUGUGUACGGUGAACCCACAGGAGGCCGUGGCUCAAGGGCCCAGACUCCCAUGAGCCCUUCUCGUGCACACACUCCACUGACGGUACGGAACCCUGACCCCCCAAACCCCCAAGGAUCGCCGAUCAAGCGUCCAACAACUCCUGGAUCAGGUCUUCCAAGACCAUCCAUUAGACCUGGAAGCCCCCAAAAGGUGGACUCAGUCCCAAUGCCAACUCCGUAUCGCACGGGUAGAAUCCCGCCAGCGACGGAGCAUACUGGAUGGAUACCCCCAGGACCUUGGACUUCCUUACCUUACACCCGCUCCAGUAUGCAUGAAUCCCGUUUUGCUAAAUCUCGUCUUAUUGUUUUCAAGGAGCCAACGCCUGCACUGGUCUUCCCUCGCCGCCAACCACGUGAACGACCGACCGCACUCCCUCGACUCCCCGAUGUCAGCCAUCUAGCCGUUGAUUUGAACUCGAAUGCCGACUAUGUGGUACUGGUCUCGAUGUACGAAGUGUAUAAUGACCGCAUCUUUGACCUACUGUGCCCUGCCAUAACUCCAGGCCAGGGGAACACAAUGUCCCGUGGAAACAACCAAAAAGAUCGCCGUCGUCCCCUAUUAUUCAAGCCCACUGAAGGAUCUCCUGAUCGAAAGAUAGUUGCAGGUCUCCGAAAAAUUGCCUGUAGCAGCUAUGAAGAAGCACUGGCCAUUUUAGAUGUUGGUUUGACAGAGCGCAAAGUGACAGGCACAGGAGCGAAUAGUGUUAGCUCUCGAAGCCAUGGUUUCUUCUGUCUCGAGGUCAAGAAACUCACUCACAACAAACGAUACGGGGAAGCCACUUGGGUAGGAAAUACUCUCACAGUUGUCGACUUAGCAGGAUCCGAACGUGCAAGAACUGCAAAGACAGCCGGUGCAACCCUUGCGGAAGCUGGUAAAAUUAACGAAAGUUUGAUGUACCUUGGCCAAUGUCUUCAAAUGCAGAGUAACUUGCAAGACGGCAUCAAGACCGCCCUUGUUCCUUAUCGCCAAUGCAAGCUCACUGAACUCCUGUUUUCAAAUUCUUUCCCGACUACUCAUCAGAUGUCUCGCGGUCACCAUCCCCAAAAGGCCAUCAUGAUUGUCACUGCCGAUCCUCUAGGGGACUUCAACGCUACUUCCCAAAUUCUACGCUAUUCCGCACUGGCUCGUGAAGUCACUGUACCUCGAGUCCCGUCAGUGACAGAGUCAAUUAUCUCUGCAAUCACCGCACGAGAUCGUUCUAUCAGUGGGCGUACAUCACCCAAUGACGUGCCGGCACAAUCAGAAGAGCUCGAGAGGGCCCUGGCAGAAAUUCAGCGACUCACAAAGGAUUGCCACGGUCUUGCUGUGCGUUUGGCCGAAGAAGAAAUUGUUCGUUCCGAAACAGAGAUUAGACUGGCGGCUUCCGAAGAGAGAUCCCUAGACAUUGAACAGGAAGUUCGUGAGGAAUGUUGGGCUGAGAUGGACGACAUGAUGGAGGUAGAGCGAAGACGCUGGCAAAGUGCCAUGGACGAACAGAUUGGUCGAAAUGAUGACCACGUUGAUCGAAAGAUCGAGCUGGUUUCGCGUGGAUUCAACAUUUUUGAAGAUCCGGAGACACCCCCAGAUGCCAGAGUUGAGGAGCUUGAAGAGGAGAACGAGCAGCUUCGCCGUCGCAUCGCUGCCCUUGAGCGCGAAAUGCAUUCUCAUUCCCCAACCAGAAAGCCCAGGACAAAGAUCGCAACCCCUAACCCUGCAUCUAACUUGCGUGCCCGGGAGAGCGACAUUGAGAAUGCUUUACAACGCAUGAACCAGCUCAACCUUACUGAUACUAUGUUCUCUCCCGCCACUCCAAGCUCUUCGCCGGGCAAGAAACAGCGCAAGUUGGGAACGAGGAAGCUGGAUUUGGGUUCGGAGUUUGAUAUCUAG